AUGGAGGAUAUCGACACCAAAUGUGCAGCUCUACGGGCGCAAAUCGCCGCCACAGAAUCCCAACUUUCAGCUCUCAAGCAGGAACUUGAAGCGGCCGAGAAGCUUCAAGGAGAAACAAGGCCAGCAUCGAGCGAGCAUUCUGAGCGCAAAUGGCCUCUUUCAGCAGAGGAGUACCAGCGAUACGGACGCCAGAUGAUCGUUUCGCAGAUUGGACUUCCUGGUCAACUCAAACUUCGAUCCGCAUCGGUUCUAUUAGUCGGCGCAGGCGGAUUAGGCUGCCCUGCAGCGCUAUACCUCGCGGGCGCUGGAAUUGGUACACUUGGUAUGGUUGAUGGAGACACGGUCGAAUCCUCGAAUCUUCAUCGCCAAGUUCUGCACCGCACGAAGAAUGUGGGAAAAUACAAAGUUGACAGUGCGAUUGAGUAUCUGGAAGAAUUGAAUCCUCACGUGAAAUAUCAUGCCCAUCGGGAGCACUUGACUCCUCAGAAUGCACCUGCUAUCUUUCAAAAUUACGACAUUAUUCUCGAUUGCACUGAUAACCCCGCGACUCGAUAUCUGAUAUCUGAUACGGCGGUCCUUCUCGGCAAACCACUUGUCUCAGCGUCAGCAUUGAGAACCGAUGGACAGCUCAUGGUCUUGAACAAUCCGGCCAAACCACCUGGCGAUCUAUCAGGCGGACCGUGUUACCGAUGUGUCUUUCCCAAGCCACCGCCUGCAGACACUGUUGUUAGCUGUGCAGAUGGAGGUAUUCUCGGACCAGUAGUCGGUACAAUGGGUCUCUUACAAGCUCUUGAGACUAUCAAGGUUCUCACAAAGCCUGCUGAUCAGAACGCCGAUGAUCGACCUGCCCUGCACAUUUUCUCCGCUUUUAGCCAACCCCCGUUCCGUACAAUUCGUCUAAGAGGUCGACGUGCCAAUUGUGCUGUCUGUUCAUCGGAGCCGACUAUCACAUUAGCGACUCUUCAAUCGGGUUCAACAGAUUAUGUUCAAUUCUGUGGUUCGGCAAGUUUUCCGCAAGUGCUUUCCAAGGAUGAACGCAUAACUGUACGCGACUUUGAGCCUAUCUACGACUCCAAGAAAUAUACAUUGAUCGAUGUUCGCGAUCCCGUCCAAUUCGGUAUAUGCAAUCUUGAAAACAGCAUUAAUAUCCCCAUUAGCCAAAUUCUGCAAAGCAAAGCCCAAAAUACAGAUUCAAAGGAAUCACUAAAGUCACUUUUUUCAUCGGAAGUAGUCUCUACCGGCUCCACCGAUCCGAUAUACUUCGUUUGCCGUAUGGGCAAUGAUUCGCAAUUGGCUGUUCAGAAGCUGAAAGAAUUAGGCUUGGGCCAAGAUGGAAAACGAUUUAUUGGUGAUCUUCGCGGUGGACUGAAAGCAUGGAAAGCAGAAGUUGACCCAGAGUGGCCGGAGUAUUAA